CCCACGGCCCUGCGAUCACUCGCGAAGGCUGUCGGGAGGUUUAGUUCAGAAGCUAUGCCAUAAAAUAAACACCAACGUGGUCAAAAACUACAAUACACCGAAUUCCCUAGUUCUGUGUGCGUCGUACUCUCCCAUUUGACAGGUAAAGAGACACCAGUGAAGAGGGAUUUGCCAAACAGACUGUCACUACGAGCAAGAACAAGAUAAUAAUGGGUGACAGUAGUUGCAGCAACGGGACCCACCACUCGGGGGCGGUGCAGUCAGACCCACAGCUGUUUGAGGCCCAGUUUGAGGAGCUGGUGACCGAGCUCACAGAGCAGGACCUCACAGACUCUGUCCUCGCUGACGCUCUCAACAGACUCCGAGAGGUGUUGCAUUACAACACUCCUGGAGGAAAAAGAAACAGAGGUCUGUCUGUGAUUGGCUCUUUGAGGGAGCUUGUUCCUCCCACUGAGCUGACCCAGGAUGCUGUGCGACGGGCCUUGCUGGUUGGCUGGUGCAUUGAGCUGCUCCAGGCGUUCUUCUUGGUAGCUGAUGACAUCAUGGAUGCUUCAGUGACUCGGAGAGGUCAGCCCUGCUGGUACAAGAGGGAGAGAGUGGGUCUGGAUGCCAUCAAUGAUUCUUUCCUCCUGGAGGGAUCCAUCUACAGACUACUGCGCAGACACUGUAGGGCACAGCCCUACUACGUACACCUAUUGGAGCUCUUCACUGAGACGUCCUUCCAGACCGAGCUGGGCCAGGCACUGGACCUGAUGACCGCUCCUCCUGGUCAAAUAGACCUCAACCGCUUCACCAUGGAGAGAUAUAAGGCCAUAGUAAAGUACAAGACUGCCUUCUACUCCUUCUACCUCCCUGUGGCAGCAGCCAUGUACAUGGCGGGUAUCGACAGUGAAGAGGAACACAACAACGCCAAACAUAUCUUACUGGAGAUGGGAGAGUUCUUCCAGAUACAGGAUGACUACCUGGAUUGCUAUGGCGACCCGGCGGUGACAGGGAAGAUUGGAACAGACAUCCAGGACAACAAAUGCGGCUGGCUGGUGGUGACCGCUCUAGGGGUCAUGACCCCGGAACAAAGGGCAGAGCUGGAGUCAUGUUAUGGUCGGCAUGACAGUGUGGAGAAGGUGAAAGCACUGUACAACACCCUACAGAUGCCCACCCUGUACCACCAAUACGAAGACGACAGCUAUCAGCGCUUACAGAAACUCAUCGCGCGUCACGCCCAAAACCUUCCACACGCAGUUUUCCUCAACUUUGCCAAGAAAAUCUACAAGAGAAACAAGUGAAGACUAUGAUGAGACUGUUUUUAUUUAGUGUGUGUUGCACUGUAGCUGGACUGAGGAGGGCUAGUUGGUGUGGCUGCUUCCAUUUCGGUCCCUUGCUCCUACCCCUUCAGUGAAUACCAUGGGGUUAAGGGCUAGGGCAGGGCUCUCCAACCCUGGUCCUGGAGAGCUACCAUCCUGUAGGUUUUCGCUCCAACCCUAAUCUAACGCACCUGAUUGUAAUAAGAGUGGAAACCUACAGGAGGGUAGCUCUCCAGGAACAGGGUUGGGGAGCCCUGGGUUAGGUUAAGGGUCUAGGGACCUAAAUAGAACAAGGCUUUAGUUUGGACUGCGAGUGAACCUGGUUGAGGCCAGUCAGUCUUAAACCUGGUCUUCAAGGUGCCCAUUUUUUUUUUUGGUCUCCAUAAUAUGAUUUUCAAUUAUGUACAGAAUAACUGAUUACUCAAACUGGGAAUACCAUGUCAUCAUUGAUGAUGAUGUGAGUAUAACAUCAUGUCACUGUUAGGAACUGUCUGCUCUAGAAUCCUGUGGAUUUGAUGAUGACGGCAGGGAGUGACAUCAUUAUUGGUUGAUCACAUCAAUCAGGAUGACAACCUGGGCCCUGUUUAGCAGAGGGCUCUGGUCUCUACCGGCAGAGGGCUCUGGUCUCUACCGGCAGAGGGCUCUGGUCUCUACCGGCAGAGGGCUCUGGUCUCUACCGGCAGAGGGCUCUGGUCUCUACCGGCAGAGGGCUCUGGUCUCUACCGGCAGAGGGCUCUGGUCUCUACCGGCAGAGGGCUCUGGUCUCUACCGGCAGAGUGAAUGGACUACAGCAGGAAGCUGCCUGAUAGGAACAAUCCUGCUGUCUCUCACACCAUGUUCUUUGUAUUAUGUUUUCUCUAUCUCCCUCUGUGUAUAAUCAUCUCUUUCUAAUUACUACUGUACAUCUACCUGCUGCUGACAAUAUGGCAUCUUAUUGCUUUUAAUAAAGAAAUGUGACCAACAUGG